AUGCCUGUGCCAAUUUACAAUGGUAUGACCUGGGCCCGACAGCUACGGUGAGCGAUAAGAACCGCUCGCGUACACUUAUAAGCCAGUCUCGAAAGUACCCCGCUAUUUCUGGUUCUUGUGCUACUUUGGGGACGAAACCAGUGGCGUCAAUUGUACAGUGUUUGUGUACAGAUCGCUGGGACUUUGGCCUGGACUUGACGCGGCUUUUUGCGCCGUUGCGGAAGUUGUACCUUGAGAGAAACCCUCACACCUGCACCUGAAUCGCCGCGCCUCUCAUACAGGUGUUCCUGCUGAAACCAGACCGUGACCAUGGAUGACCUUGAGCGGCAGUUGAAAAAGUUCCAGCAGCGCUACAAGGUGUUCAGUCAGCAGCAGCAGACGUUCACACAGGCGUUAGACAGAGCCAGAACCGACGCCUUCCAGAAGACGGCCGUUGUCCGCUCCAUAAACCAGAUCCUGGGCUGGCUGGAACACGCCGUCCACAGCGCCACGGACCGCAGGAUCCUCAUGCUGUUCGUAGAUCUGUGCCGAGAUCUGGACAGAUUCAGACAACAGGUAGAGAGUCACAACAUGGUGAGGGAGCAACUGAACAGGAACCAGACCUUCCCACACGGAGAGGUCAACCACCUCAGCUGUGACGAGGCCAGGAACUACUUCGGCGGUGUAGUGAGCCUGAUUCCUGUGAUAUUGGACACAAUCAAUGAAGUCAUGGAGAACCUCGCGUCUCCCCGCCUGUCCUCGACGCAGAAGUCCAACGCGUCAUCUCAGCGGCUCCCCUCAAGGCAACAUUCGGGGCAACAUGGUCCACCCAACGGUACCAUGGGGCAUACAGAGGAGCGCCACACGCGGUUCGCACCAGAAGUGCAGCAGAUCCCGAUAGAAGGGAAGGCUCCCCAGCAGAGCAAGUAUUACGGCACUGAGGUGGAGGAUCUAUUGAAGGACAUGCAGGAGAUGAAAUGGGCAGCCUCUAGGAAACCAUGGAAACCAUAAGAAAUCAACCACAAAAAUGGAAAUGAAACAACAA